CAAAUCACAUAACUUGACUGAAUCACAUUCCAUUGAAAACGCAAAAAGUAAGGCAAUUGAAGAUGGGCGACGGUGGCAGCAUCGAUGACAUCAUCUGGAGAAUUAAGAACGGGGAGUAUGAAGAGGUGGAGCGGUUUUUCCUGGCCGGAUCUCAUGAUGUGAACGAUCUGAUGGGCGUCCGGUGCCCCCUGCACUAUGCCGCCGACUUCGGUCAGCUGAAGCUGCUCAAGUUCUUCGUGCGGAUCGGGGCGGAGGUGGACCGGAAGGACAAGUACGGGAUCACCCCGCUCCUGGCGGCCAUCUGGGAGGGCCACUCGGGUUGCGUCGAUUUCCUGCUCCAGGUGGGCGCCAGUCGUUCGGAGCGGACGCCCGAGGGUCAGAGCUACGCGGAUGCAGCUGAGCGGGACGACAUCCGAAGUCUUCUGGUGAAGCAGUAACCCCUGGUUAAUAGAUCAUUCUGAGUUUUGUAAAUUCAUAGUACGCGUUUAGUAGACUCUUUAAUUUCUUCAGUUGUUGGUCGGUAAUAAACAUUAUUU